AUGUCAUUGUUGUCUAGACUGGGUGACCAUCUAGUACCCAAAUGCUUAGCCACUUGUCAAAAAACGCACACGAGAAAGCCUGGUUUGAUUUGGAUGCUGAGCUGCAUGGGUCUCAACCAUGUUGGUUGUCUCAUGCAUAGGCAUCGAGGUGCUACGGGGCCCUUGGCCUACACUGUCUCAUAG